AUGUCAUCCCUUCAAACUUGUACAGCAGUAAGGACAAUAUCCAUUGGUAGUUUUGGCAAAUUUGCUGGUAGGGCGAUAAAGCUUCCUGCCUAUAUUGGAGGUGGUAUUGCCGCCGUUGGAUCAUAUGUUAUCUAUAAAUUGGAGGAAGCCCAUGAAUACGCAUCUACAAAAUUGGAAAAAUUCAAGUCCUUUGGCCAAAAUAUAAGGAAUAUGAUAGAAACUGCGUUUGAGGAUUCAAAUGGUAAUGACAAUAACGAUGAGAAUAAUGAUAAUAAUAAGCAUAGCACCUCAUCCGGUGGGCCUGCCGCUGGUGGAGGUGUGGGAAUGGUUGCACUAAAUACUUCCACAUCCUCUGAGAAUGAUGAUGGUGUUACCUCUGAUGAAGAUGAUAAUGAUUUAAAUGAGCAAGAUCAGCGAUUAGAUGAUGCCAUGGUAAAUCUUACUAAACAAAUGAUAGAAAUAAGAAGCCUUUUAAUGAGUGUUGAUGGGUCAAAUAUGCUAACGUUGCCAUCGAUUGUUGUGGUUGGAUCUCAGAGCUCUGGAAAAUCAUCUGUUCUUGAGUCUAUUGUCGGCCAGGAAUUCCUUCCAAAAGGCUCAAACAUGGUUACAAGGCGCCCAAUCGAACUCACUCUUGUAAAUGAUCAGUCACAAGCAGCUGAAGUUGCUGAGUUUCCUGCUCUAAAGAUGUAUAACCUGACUGAUUUCCAGCAAGUGGAAAAGAUCUUGCGGGAUUUGAAUCUGGCCGUUCCGGAUGAUGAGGCUGUAUCCAACGAUCCAAUUCAGUUGACGAUAAAGUCUCCAAAUGUUCCUGAUCUUUCAUUAGUUGAUCUUCCGGGAUAUAUACAGAUAGAAGCUGCAGAUCAGCCCACAAGCUUAAAGGAAAAGAUUCGUGAAGUUUGUGAUAGGUACCUUGCAGAGCCCAAUAUUAUAUUGGCUAUAAGCGCCGCAGAUGUUGAUCUAGCGAAUUCUUCUGCAUUGCGGGCGGCUAAAAAGGCUGAUCCAAAGGGUGAACGAACAAUAGGUGUGAUUACGAAGCUUGAUUUAAUAUCUCCUGAAGAAGGCAAAGGCCUACUUACAAAUCGUCGGUAUCCGCUCAGGAUGGGUUAUGUUGGUGUGAUAACUAAAGCGCCUAAUGCUGGCUCCAUAUUUAGAAGGGCAACAGGAGUUCAGGCCUACGUUGCACAGCAGAAAUUUGAAAGAUCAUUUUUCAAAGAUAACAGUGGUGUGUUCGCUGAUACUAGUAUUGGUACACACAUUUUAAAGAAAAGGUUAAUGAGAGUUUUAGAGACAUCAAUGGCAAGAGCACUAAAGCCAAUGCAUGAUAAAGUUGCUAAUGAACUUGAGGAAACCAGUUACCAGUUCAAGGUUGAAUUUAAUGAUCGCGACCUUACUAGUGAAAAAUACAUGGCACAAACGAUUGAUAAUUUAAAGCUCGCUAUUAAAGAAUUUAGUGAGAGAUUUGGUCGUCCGGAACUGAAGUCUUUACUUCGUUCGGAACUGGAUCAGAAGGUCCUCGAUCUUUUGGCUCAGAGAUAUUGGAAUAAGUCACCCAUUUCAAAGAAACAGGGUGUAAACGAUAAAGCACAAAGUAUGCACGUCAAAUUAUCAGAGCCAGCCAUCGAAGAGUUAUCUGAUGCGUCCUCCGAUGAUAGUUAUUGGAGGAGAAAGCUGGAACUUUCUACUGCCAGCUUAACUAAAUCUGGAGUUGGUAGAAUGUCAACUACAUUAGUAAGUGAUGCUCUCCUAACUGAAAUAAAUGUCAUGCUUGAUAAUUCCGAAAUUCGUACGCACCCUGGCAUUAAAGAAGCUAUUCGAGAUGCGGCUGUUGCAGUUUUGAGUAAGAAAUUCAACUCAACGUCGGAUCAGGUUGAGAACUGUAUUAAGCCUUAUAAGUAUGAAAUUGACGUGGAGCCGAGAGAGUGGAGUAUAAGCCGGAAUCAUUCUCUUGGAUUGAUUAGGGAAGAGUUCAAACAGUGUAAAAAAAGAUUCCAUGACAUCAAGAAAACUGUUGGUGGAAAUAAACUAAAACAAAUUAUGACAUAUCUUGAAAACGAAAAGAAUGAUGUUGGAAGGGCUUUAUCCGAAGAAAACAUUGGUUUUAGUCCGGGUUUGUUACUACGAGGAAAGGAAGCAUUGUUUCUCAGAGACAGAGCUUCGCUUCUUUCCAUGCGCAUGAAGUUUCUUCGUGGUUCUUCUUGUAAAUAUAAGAACAGUAAGUACAAGUGUCCUGAAGCAUUUAUGGAUGUCGUUGCUGAUAAAUUGACGCAGACUGCUGUUUUAUUUUUGAAUGUGGAGCUUUUGAGUGAUUUUUAUUACAGCUUUCCACGGGAGCUAGAAGAUAAACUUAGUUCCAGUUUAACUAAGGAUCAAGUCGAUGCAUAUGCGAAAGAGGAUCCAAAGAUCAAAAGGCAUAUUGAAUUACAGGAAAGGAAGCAAUUAUUAGAGCUUGCAUUGAACAGAAUUGAGGACGUAAUGGCAUUGAGGAAGCAAAUUUCAUAA